UUCAAUUGAAUUAGCAUUUAUUCGAAAAUAAAAUUCAAGUUGAUAAUAAAACAGUAUUUCAAAGCUGAUUAUUAUAUAUUUAAUUUGAAUUUGAAUUAUUACUCUAUACUUUUAUUUUUAUUAAAAACUACCAUCUUAUCUUAAUUCCUAAAAUUCCCAAUUUCAUUACACAACACAAAUCCUAAUUUACCUUCAUUAACUUAAAUCCUAACCCAUUCACCUUGCCCACCCACACCCUUAGCACACACACAAACUAAACACACGCACCACACUCACUGAAGAAAGAAAUAAAGAAAGAAAAGAAAGAAGGGAAACAGGGGGAAAAGGAUCGCGAAGAAGGGAAGAGGGAAGGAGGAGCUCACCGGCCAGCCGCGCCAACUCCUCGCCGCCGUGCUGCAUCGCCAUCCAAGGGAGGAGGAAGGCCGCUGCUACUGUCCAUAAAAGCCAUCGCCAUCGCGGGUCAGAUCUGAGGUGAGAUAGAGGACCGCGAUGGAGGAAGGAACCGUGCCGCCCAUUCGCUUCCGUGGGGAGUCGCCGGCGUUAUCGCGAGAAGGAGAGAGCUGCGUCGUGGGAGGAGAGCCGUCGCGGAGCUGCCUCUGCCACCGGACCCAACCGCGGUCGCAAGCCUUGUCGUCGCUGCUAGAGGUGCGCCGCCAAGCUCUUGCCACCGGAGAAUAUUGCUACGUCGCCGGGAUCCACUACCGCCGCUAUCAGGGUUCCGUGGAAAGAGGAGGAGCUGGGUGUUGCCGCACCUUGCCUCUGCUGCCGGAGAGCGCCGCUGAAUCCUCUGGCUUGGGUUGGGUAUCGGUGCUUGCAUGUCGUGUUCGGAGUUUUCAGCCACUUCGUUUUGUUAUUUCAAAUGAUUGAGCUGAGAUUUGCAGCUUCUGUUGAUCGCGGGCUGAGAGAAAGGACUUUUCUGUAAUGCGUUGUGUUAUGGGACUCAACUUAUCGAGACUUUUCUUUUCAGGAAACGGACGAAGAAGCUUAUGAAGAGUAGUUGAGUUUAGCCUAUGCGAUAGAAGAUAUUUUAGUUUAGUUAUCAGUAUUUUCCCCUCGCCAUUAAUGUUAUAACCUUUGCAAGAGGGAUAGGAG